AGUGACGUACAGACUCUCAAAUAAGUACGUGCGUUCAGUGACAGACGGAGCAGAGCACACUUUAACAUGUAUCCUGACAGCUCACCAAAACACUGGCCAUUUCCCUAUUACACCGGCUUUUAACAGCGAUCAAACCAAGCAAUAAAAUUCUCUUUUGGGAUAUUUAUCGACUCAGAGAUCAAGCCACAGUGGACCAUCUGGUGAUCAACUACACAUCGAUUGCAACAGGUACUUGUGCUCUGUGCAGGGUAUGUUUUGGCCAGUUGCCUGUCUGCACUGAAACAAGGGUUCAAAAGUCCUCGGUGGACUCGCUGUUGGCUAACUGCCUCUCUCACAAGUACAGUCUACAACACUGUAUAGGUCAUUGAUUAUUUGAAGCUGCUUUUCUUCGAGAGAUUGAAAGCUGCAUCAGGUUUCAGUAUUGAUGUGUGAGGAGGUCAACAUGACUUACAGUACAUCAGCAGUUCCCUGUUGAUGAUAUGACAGCACUGAACUCGUCCGCCUUCACCAUGUCCGAGUAUCCCGAGGGAGACAGCUCUCUACUUCAGCUUCAGGAAGUGGACUCCAGCAGGAUGGGAGGCCAUGUCCUCUCUCCUAGCUUUAACUCCUCCUCUCCAUCCCAGCCGGUGGAGAGCCACCCCAUCUGCAUUCCAUCACCCUACACAGACCUCGGCCAUGACUUCACCACUCUGCCCUUCUACAGUCCCGCUCUGCUGGGUUACGGCACAUCUCCUCUGGCCGACUGCUCAUCAGUACGGCAGUCGCUAAGCCCCACCUUCUUUUGGCCACCUCAUAGCCACGUUUCCUCACUUGAAUUGCAUCAGCAACAGACUCGACUACAACAAAACCAUCCAACUGGUGGGACUUGGGCGGAACUUACACCACAUGAUCACGGCGAAGAGGAAAACUGCAAACCACUGGCGAAGAGGGUAGCAGAUGCAGAGGAGACUUCUGCCUCUUUGAGAGGUAAAGCUGACAUGCACUACUGUGCCGUCUGUAGCGAUUACGCUUCUGGGUAUCAUUAUGGCGUGUGGUCGUGUGAAGGAUGCAAAGCCUUCUUCAAGAGGAGUAUACAAGGACACAAUGACUACAUCUGCCCUGCCACCAACCAGUGCACCAUUGACAAGAACCGCCGCAAAAGCUGCCAGGCCUGCCGUCUCCGAAAAUGUUAUGAAGUUGGAAUGAUGAAAUGUGGGUUACGGAGAGAUCGUGGCAGCUACCAACAAAGAGGAGCACAGCAGAACCGACUGGCACGAUUCUCUGGCAGGAUGAGAACAAGUGGCCCAAGAUCUCAAGAAAUCAAUAGUGUCCAACGUCCCCUCAGUGGAAAUAAGGUGGUUACCAUGGCGUUGAGCCCUGAGGAGCUAGUCGCUCGAAUCAUGGAUGCAGAGCCACCCGAGAUUUAUCUCAUGAAAGAUGUGAAGAAGCCUUUCACUGAAGCCAACGUCAUGAUGUCACUGACCAACCUGGCUGACAAAGAGCUUGUUCACAUGAUCAGCUGGGCCAAGAAGAUCCCAGGUUUUGUGGAGAUCUGUCUUUUUGACCAGGUCCAUUUGCUGGAGUGCUGCUGGUUAGAGGUGCUGAUGCUGGGACUGAUGUGGCGGUCUGUUAAUCAUCCUGGCAAGCUCAUUUUCUCCCCAGACCUCAGUCUCAGCAGGGACGAAGGCAGCUGUGUGCAGGGGUUUGUGGAGAUCUUUGAUAUGCUGCUGGCAGCCACGUCCAGGUUCAGAGAACUGAAGUUACAGAGAGAGGAGUAUGCUUGUCUCAAAGCCAUGAUCCUGCUCAACUCCAACAUGUGUCUGAGUUCGGCGGAGGGAGGAGAGGAGCUGCAGAGCCGGUCGAAGCUGCUGUGUCUGCUGGACUCGGUGACGGAUGCUCUGGUUUGGGCCAUCUCGAAGACGGGCCUGAGCUUCCAGCAGCGCUCCACCAGACUAGCCCAUCUGCUCAUGCUGCUCUCGCAUAUAAGGCAUGUCAGUAACAAAGGUAUGGACCACCUCCACUGCAUGAAGAUGAAGAAGAUGGUUCCUCUGUAUGACCUGCUUCUGGAGAUGCUGGACGCUCAUAUCAUGCACAGCUCACGUCUGUCUCACUCCGGCCCUCGAGCGGCUCCUGCUCCCAAAGAGAGCAAAGGCGUCCCGGAGGCCUUCACCUGCACUUCUCAGAGUGGCGGGACCUUGGCAGGACCUUAGGACCCUAAACCAUUUCUGCACUGAAGAAUGAUCUAUAGUUUCGGGAGAAUGGACAACAAAAGUAGCCACACAAAAAGAGUGGAAUAGGAUUUCUCAAGAUGAAAAACAUCAGAUUUUCUUUUUUUAAAUUUGGCAUUUGUGGUGAAAUCCUCUUUUUUUGUUUCAUAGAACUCAUUCUGAACACAGUUUUUUUUUGUUUUUAUGUAGCCUGAACCACAAAAAAAGGGAAAUUAAAUUUUUUACAAAACCUUCAACAUAUGCUGGAGGUUUGAAAAUUGAUCACGAUUUGUUUGGAUUUUGGAUUUCAACAUGCGUUUCCAUUACCCUUCAAAUUGUGGAAAUUGAAAUUGCGAAUUGAAAAUACGCCUAAUGGAAACGCGUCAGUUUCGCAAAAACGCCCAUAUAUCGCAAAAAAGUUUUUACGCUCGCAUGAGGUGGUUUUUCAGGUAAUGCGAAAAAGGAAUAAUUCGCAAAAUUGCAAUGGAAACUUUUUUUUUGUGCAUUAACAGGUCACAUGGUGUUAUUAAAAAGUCACAUAAUCAUUCUUCAAUGUACUAAAACCUCCAAGAAACACUUCAUACGUGGCCGCUCUCCAGUAUAGGGGCUUUCUCUACCAUUAAUGCUUAGACAAUUUACACUGCACACAUCUGCGGUACAGUACAGUUUGGCUCUGAUACGGCCAUUGAAGCUGAUUGUGGCCACACUAGUCAAUGCUUGUGUUUAUUCCAGCCGCGGCACGCAUGUUUCUGAAGCAGCUGUCUAUGCUGCUUCUGUUAAGAUACACGCAUACCUCCUUUGAAUAAAUAUAGCCAAAAUCCCACCAAAAUCCGUUGCCAUGACUUAACGCGAGAGGUAAAAGCUUGCGGUUUAGUCGCAUAACAUUGGUUAAUGGAAACGCCAUCAUUUCGCAAUACUUUUUUAUCGAUAUUUAUAAAAUAUCGCCAAAGUUUUGUGCAAAUCUAUAAUGGAAAUGCGCCUACUGUAACCUCAUGCACCCAUUCCCAUGAAAUCUGCACCACAAUGAAAUCUACAGUUUCUACUUUUCCAUUUUCUUUCCAAACAGUACAUAUGAAACUCGCGCUUUUUGUAAAAGAAAACAACACUGUCAGAACACACAGAUCAGAUUCCAUCACUUGUAAAAUGACAGUAAGGACAGUCAUUGCUAAAGAGAGAGAGAUUUGUAUGCAAUUUGAGGUAAGACUAAAUUCAGGUCCAAAUGCUCAAAAGAACUGAAUCAAGCCUUAUUUUAUUUUAUUCUGUCAGAACAAGGACUUGUGAAUGUCACACCGCAGUAAUUCAUGGCAGCUGGAUGUUUUGUUUGCAUCUAUUACUUAUGACAAAACAACAAAAAAAAGCAUUUCAAAGUCAGCUUAAAGGGCUUGUACAAAACAUUGAAACAUUUUCUAGGGACUGCUCAAUGUAUUGCUACUAUUCCACUGUGAACCUUUCUGUUUGUAAGAUGCACUACAACUACAAAAAACGUACUUGUGAAAUCGAACUUCGCGUUCUCUGAAAUAUCUAAAGACCUGUUUUGAGACUCAAGAAAAAUGAAAAUAUUGCAGUGCCUACAAUGAUUAUAGCAAUUACGUUUGGUUUAAGAGGACAGUAAUAAGAGAAAGUAUCUAGGUAAGUAGAAAAUUGAUUUAUUGAUAUAAAACCAAACCUACCUUAAAGAUUAGAAUCAUAAAGAUAGAUGUUACAAGUACUUAAUUUUAAUAAACGCACAAAAUAUUCAAAUGUUAUUCUAUCUACUGGCAGCCAAUAUUAAUUGUUUCGAUAUGAAGCAUUAAUAUUGAUUUUACAAUUUUUGGCAACUAAGCAUUUGAGACCAGCUGUGAUACAGAUUUGUUGUAGACCAUGUUUAUUUUUUCACACAGAACAAAUGUUUGUAAAAUGUUUUCAAAAUGUACUUUCUGUACACGUCUUUGUGUUCUAUCUUGCAGUGCAUAUGUAACAAUGUGCUAUUUACACAGGGAUGUAUUAAACUGUGUUCAUGUGCAUUUGAUGUUUUUAAAUAUAUUUAUGUUUUGGGCUUUGCAAA